AUGGAGCCCGCCGCAGCUGGAGUUCGGUGCGAAAUCUAUGCUGCCGAGAACCUGCUUCAAGGUGCUGCAGCGCUCGUCAAGGGCAUAACUCACCCAACACUUCCAAUCAAAGCAAACCUUACCCGUGUCACUUCUCUUUCACUACCACGAUCGCAACACACUGUCUCAGUAGUCAAAGGUCGCGCAUACAUCUUUGGUGGAGAGACAGAACACGGCAGACUCGCCGACAAUGAUAUGCACGUUGUCAUCCUGCCUUCCAGCGGUGUUCUCGAUGCCGAUUAUACGACAUUCCCUGCGCGAUCUGUGAACGGCUUGGAUGAUGUCCCCAACUCGAGGAAAGGGCAUGCCGCCGUGGUGAUUGGUGACAGUAUAUACAUAUUUGGCGGGGAGGUAGAAGGCGUUACAAACGAAAAGGGGCGAAUGUGGGUGUACGACACUGUGUCAAAUACGUGGUCAUACCUCGAUUCUGCAUCGGAUACGCUCUUCCCCAGCCAACGCACUGGUCAUGCGUCGGCCAGCUCCGAACUUCCUGGUCCAAAGACGACGACGUACCACGAAACAGCGCCUCAGGCGCCAGCUGACCCAGCGAAGGUUGUCCCGGAGCCAGCAGAGGCAGACUCUUGGGGCACCAUCUUUGUAGUGGGUGGUCACGAUACUUCGAGCGGUAGACUGUCGAACGAUGCACUGGCAUUCGAUGUCAAAACCCGCUCAUGGAGUAACAUACCCACCCCGUCCGGCCAGCCACGAGAUGGUGCGAGUUUGUCCCUUGUGGGCGACCGCUUAUACCGGUUCGGUGGGAAAGGCGUAGAGACAUUGGCCUCCGGUGCAACAGAAUUCCUCAAUGUCUCGCAUGUCUGGACACACGCCGAAGGCGGCACUACACCACUGGCUAGUGGUUGGGCCUGGGAGGAAGUAUCACACACCGACAUCAAAGGCGGUACCGCGGCCGCACCACAAGCACGCUCGAAUGCCGGUCUCGUGGGUGUUACUACAGGGCAGGGACGGCACUACCUCCUCGCUAUCGGCGGCGAGACCGAGGAUGGUACUUUCUUCGAUGACAUCUGGGCACUACAGCUUCCGCCCGAGCGCUCGACGGCAGCUGCGACGAAGGACAGCAUUCGCGCGAGUUUCAAGAGGGAUACGCAUGAGUCCGAAUGGGCGGAGGUGCUGUACACCUAUGUGGACACCAAGGGCGAAGAAGAAAAGGAGAUUCCUGGGGAGCCAAAGAGAGGUUUGGGCAUAAGAGGACAUUUCGGCAUUGCCAAAGGCACCGAAGUCGAUGGGGCGACGGCUGUCGUAUGGGGCGGUGUGGAUGCCAAUGGUAGGAUUCUUGGUGAUGGGUGGAUGAUUACAGUAGAUAGAUAG